UCUCAACGCAUCACUUGUAGGUACACUGGACACUAUUUUAUAACCACUUUACUCUACUCGUUUUUCCUGGGUUGCUUUGGAGUGGAUCGGUUCUGUCUGGGCCACACGGGGACGGCCGUGGGAAAGCUGCUGACGCUCGGAGGACUUGGCAUCUGGUGGUUUGUUGACCUGAUUCUUCUCAUUACUGGUGGGCUGAUGCCUAGUGAUGGCAGCAACUGGUGCACAGUUUAUUGACAGGAGCGAAGGCAACUUCUGAGAGCUGAUCCCAAAGGAAGCAAAGUGUCUCUGCAGGACUGGAGACAGACUUCUGCAUCUGUUCUGUAGCAUCGGUACAGACUUCUCUUGGGGGCUUCUACCAUAUACAAAUAUGGAUUUACAAAGCUGUAUAUUAAUUUGCAGAGCAAUUAUUCUUGCUAACUCUUCUGUGCGUAUCUUGGAUUUAAUUUACCUAUUGAACAUUUCUGUGCAUCUUACUUGCUUAAAAUAAUCGGGAAUUUUUCCCCUUCAGCGGGUAACACUGUAAAAAUUAGACCUUGCAACCACAAAUAAAUCUUAAAGUGUGGAAAGAGAGCUGUUACUGAACUUAGUUUCUGUAAUGGUUUGAGCAUAUGACUUCACGUAUUUUCAAUAUUAGACUUCAUGCAGCUAAAUAAGAGAUGCAGUUGGAGGUGGAAGGCAGGCCACUAGCCUGUGGUUUUGUGUUACUAGACUAAACAAACCUUUAAAAAGGUCUGUAACUUAACAGUGUUAUAGAGCCUCUGUGGCAAAAUGAUAAGCUCUAAUUCUAAGUCGUUUGCUUAAGAUGAUAUUCACUAGCUCCACUGAAAGCAGGGAAGCUGGAUUAGAUUGUUUAGUAUAGGCUGCAUCCUUUUGGAGAACAAAUGUCCACUCUUUCCAGGCUGGCACAGCGCAGCAAAUAAAGCAGCAACUCCAGCUUCAUGAA